AUGUACAACUGUGAUUACGAUGUUUCACAGGGUUCGCUUGUAGAAGACGAGUCUCUUAUYGAAGUACUCAGUGUUACCAAGCAAACAGCUGAAGAAGUCAGUCAGAAACUCAUUGUUGCCGCUGACACGGAGAUCAAGAUUAACACGGCGCGUGAGGAAUUCAGACCAGUGGCGACACGUGGUAGUAUCUUGUAUUUCCUGAUCGUAGAAAUGUCCUACGUCAACUGCAUGUACCAGACGUCAUUGAAACAGUUCCUGGGACUGUUUGACCAAUCAAUGGCCAG